GAGGAGGGCGGACAGACCCAGGGAGCUCACAUUCGAUUCGGACACCAACCACACCUGUCGGAUUUCUCUCUCUCUCUCAUUCCCAAAGAUGAAGACUUCAUCCAUCAGAACUUUCGCCCUGCUUGCAGGUAUCAUCGGAGUUGUUUUCGGACAGCAGCAGCAACAGCAGCAACAACAACAACAGCAGCAGCAGUGCAACAUUGAAGAAUGUCUCGUGAAGCUGAGGGAUCCCGACCCCGCCAAGGAAGGAGGAGACCUCAAGAUUUUCUGCUCCCGCACCGUGGAAGGAUUGUCCUGCCUUGACAGAUGCUUGGAUUCCCCCAUCUAUCAAGCCACCAGCCCUAUCGUCAUGGGAGGCGUCAAACAACUGCUUUCUGAAAUCUGCGCCCCAGGAUCAGGCCUCGGAAAGCGUUAUAUGCAAGAAUCUAAGUGCCUUAAUCAGCAGAACACUACCGUAAUGGAUUGCGCCACUUCCAUGAUUGAGAGAUACCCAGCUCUUAUCCAGAGACCUGAUCCUGAAUCCAUCAUCAAGGUUUUCUGCUGCUCCAUCGACCGCACUGAGGAAUGCAUUGUUGAGAGAGUGCACAAGGACUGUGGCAGAGGUGCCGCCAAGCUAGUCAAUGAGAUGAUGGGACGUGCUUUCUACCCUAUCAACCAGUUCAUCUGCUACUUCAACGAUCCUUCACAGUGCCCCAAAUUCUAAGCACUGCAACCUCUUCCUUCUUUCCAAUUCCAUCAUUCUACCUCGAAAUUUCAAAUCAAAAAUAAACUAGGUUUAUACUUUAUUACCACCACCAAUUAACUAAAAAAAAAAUUCCUUGCAUCUCAUCGAUAUCUAAAAAAUGAAAUCUCGAUUACAGAAUACAAGUAAUAAAAUAUUAAAGAUGCAGAAUAUUUUUUAAAAAAGCGUUUUUUUGAAAAAUAGAUUAACAAAAUUUAUAACAAUCCGAAUUUUGUGAAUGAAAAUUGCAUUACGGCCCACAUUUAAACCUAAACAGUAUCGAUUCGAUUUAUUAAUUAAAAAUAUUCAGUGGUCUAGGAUUUCAGACAAAUAAAUUUAAUCUUGCCUUAUAUCGCAAAAAGUAGAAUAUUGCGUCAUUUCGAUAUUGUUUUCAAACUAUAUAUACUUUAGAAUUCCUGAAAUUUAAGUAAAAACCGAUUCAGCAGUUGGAUUCUAAAACGUGGCUUUCUUAAUUCCAAAAACAUAUCUAAUAUCCUCCAAAUGUUAUUGAUAAAAAUUUUUACAAAAAACGAUUGAUUUUUAUAAAACUGUUUAAAAUGUCAAUUAUUUAAAAUUUCUAAACAAAAUUUUAUUUUUAUAAUUGGUAAAAGUUCAUUCAAUAUUAUUAAUUUUUUUUGCAUGUUCAAAUUUUUACGAUGCCACAAAGUGCCUUACUAUUUUUUACCAAACCAAAUUUCUUUAAACUGUGGCCUUAUUAUAUUGAAUAUUAAAAAAAAAAAAAAAAAAAAAAAAAUCUAGGAAUCAACCAUUAAAAAAGUUGGCAAUUUUCUUUAUAAUUAAAUUCAACGCUCAUUUUUCAAAAUUAUUAGACAUUUUUAUAUUUAAGAUAUAAUAAACAAGUAUUUUUUUAAAGAGAUUAAUAAAUAACAUCAACAAAUUUCUACAUUGUUCAAAUUUUAAUUUAGUGAAUCGUUCAUCAUUUCAUUUUACUAACAAAUGUGUAAAUAAUUUUCGGAGUGGUCUUUUCUAUUUAUUUACUAUUUUUCAAAUUUUGCACCUCGUAUGUACAUAAUUUUUUUCGAUGUCAUCACCUCAUGAGCAAUCGUGGAGUGGAGGGAGAACCUUCGAAUCAUUCCUCAUCUUUCGUUUGUACAUAGGAAAGAAGUUUCAAAAUUGUGUAUUUUUCUCAUGCACUCUGUAAAUAAAAUUUAGUUCACCCUUUA